AUGCUCACUGGAUUCGCAGGGACCAAGAACGACAUGCCCUUGGAGGUCUCCCUCUGGAGUGCACAGCAACCCCGACCAGCACCUUUGGACCGCUGUCAGCCGGAUCCAGCACUCUCCCCCACGUUCAUACCACAUCCCAAACACCACGCGCAUAUGCACCAGGUCAACCGGAGACUUGUUCAUUCCCACCGGCACCCAUUCCCGCUGUGCAAGUAUCCACCUCAGAUUCAUGAGAUUGUAACUGAUCGACGUUGCAGGAUGCUAUCAUGCAUUGAGUGGCUCUCAGUAACGGUCACAGGACGAGCCAUCUCUUUGCUCUCGACCGAUUUUGACCAGGAACUACUUAUUGAAUGCGACGACGAAUACUGGGCCGCGUCUGGCCCUGACCAGUUCAAGCAGCCGGAGAACGAGCCAUUGCGCAUUACGUAUUUUGCCCAUUUGAUCAAGCUCAUGGACAUCCAGGCGUCUAUCACAAGGACGAUCUAUGCUGCUCGCGCACCAAAAAAGCUGUAUGGCCUGCCAUUGCCGUCGUCAGACGCGAAAGCGCUGGCCACAUUCGACCCUUAUCUCAACGGGUGGAUGUCCACAGUCCCUGUACAU